GCUCUCUCUCACACACACACACACACCGCUUCCGAGUUCAGUUUCAUCUCCGUUGCGUUUAACAUAUAAACAACCUCUCCUUUAAACAUGAUUAGUUAUAUAUGAAAGCGUUGUGUUUUACUCUCACGCCAAAGAACAUGUCAUCAACGCAAGAAACUCUCUUCUCACUGGAACUGCUGAUCGAUUUCGUUCGCUUUGACGGUUCACGUGGCAAUGUUUUGGAUCCCGCGGUUGCUGUUCGCUUCUUAGAUUUCCCCACACUGCUGAUAUACCAAUCAAAACAAGAGCAUCGUCCAUCUAAAUCAGGAUACGCUGAUCUGUGCCUAUCACCUGAGGCUAUAUCUCAACCAGAUGAUGGAGAACAUCUCAAGUAUUCCUUCCAUAAAGGCAAAUCGUGUCUUUUUAAAAUCAAUUUGCACUCGUUACACGCUCAUCUCAUGAACACCCCUCUCUACGCAAUGGUGUUGGAUGCAAAAGAUGAGAUUCCUAAACUUAUAGGAAGCUCGUUGAUUUCGCUCGCUAAAGUGACGGAGAAAAUCAAAUUGGAUGUUGAAAAACACGGUAUUGGCAACCCAUCCGCUUAUGCAGAGAGACUGACCACCCCAAUAUGCAAUCUAAUGGGCAACAGCAUAGGUGCUAUUUCUCUGGCUUAUAAAAUUGUAAGUCUAGGAGCUCAUUUAAUUCCUCACAUGCCAGAAAACAGAGUCUAUGAAGUCGGUGUGACCCGUGGAAAAGGAGGACAAGACCCCUCGGUGCAUGCAAGAUGUCCUGAAAGAGAUGAGAUGCCACCAAAAGUAGGUGAGAAUCAUUCUGUGAAUGCCCUUUUACAACAAAUAAGCCUGGAUGGACAAUCUGCUGAUAUUGUGAUAUCAGAAGCAAAGCAGCCAGGGGUUCCAGCUUUUACUCAAACUGAAACAACAGAGAAAAAACAGAGAAUCUCAUGGUCUGAGGAUGCACAGGAAUACACCACAUUCUGCCCUCCGCCUCUGGUUUACAGCUCCAGCGUGAAGAACCGACAGGAGAGGAAAAGCUUUACGGGGUUACUUGCAGCAAUGGAGAGCCUUAAUAUUGAGGAUCUAGAAGAUGGAAAUAAUGAAGUAGAAUCAUCUGACAUGCGUGAUUUUGCAGAGAUAAAGGCGGACGGAUCGAUUAAGUUAACUUCAACUCCAAGGGCGCAGCAUAAAGAGACGGAUUCAGCUCCAUUUGGGGAUGUUAUCAGACAGUUACCACUUCUGAACGCUUUACUAGUUGAACUCUCACAGCUGAACGUCCAGACGGCGCAGCAGCAGCCCUUAUCGGUUCAUCCUAACCUUGCGUGCUUGUACACAUCAGCACAGGAACCGUCAGAAGCAAAACCCAAAGCUGAGAAUCAGAACCCUAAACAGAGACUUGAUCAAUGCAAGAUGAAAGCAUUAAAGAGUGCAACUGGUGCGAAGAGAAACAAAGCAAAGUUGCAACCUAAGACGACGCUUAAAUACGGCUUGACAAACACUUUUCGUCUCAGACUCAAACUGGUCAAACAAGGUACCAAACGACACGAAUGCAUCGAAUACCAGUAUGCAAAACGGGACCAGCCAUCAUCAUCUAACCAUAAACGUGUUCGCAAGGCAGUUAGCAGAGGUGUUCGUUUAGAUGAAACCGUUGAAACAUUAAUUAGCAGUUUUGAUAUGCACCCAACACCAAUUCAAACUCCAUCAAAAUCACAAACAAGACCAAGUAUUGGAAAGCAUAUCACAAACGCACAAAAUGAGGAAUGUGGCCAUUUGACUGAGAACGACAAAAAAGCUCCAAGUCAGGAUUCAGACCGCAGUGACCAGCAUUCAGCUUCAUCUAUUCAUGAUUCAAAUCUUAGCUUCCAGAGAGGAGAUAGUAGAGCGAGCAGCCGUCCUUGCAGGACAAGCUUGAGUAAUGGCUCCUACGGACAAGAAGAGUAUCAGGACGACUUCACAAGCCUAAACACAACCGAGGGAUACUCACCCGACCCGUUCAGCAGUCCAGAACCAAGCAGACGUAAAAGAAACAGCGGUUCGAGCACUUCAAGUUCCUCUCAUCCAAGCAAAGGUCUACCUGUUCCUGUCAAAGCGAAGAACUCUCCACAACGUGCUUUUAAAAACACGCACGUCAUCCGACCACGUCUUCAGACCUCCACUCUGAGUCUGUCUUCAGAUGAGGAUGAGUUUGAGUCUGGAGGUCACAGGCCUGGAUCGCAGAGCGCUGGACAAAAGACUCCAUCUGUGCGCAGGACAUUUGGAAAAUCGGAGAGCUUUGACAGUGACCCUGGUGAUAAGGGCAUGACAUUUAGCCGGGUGUCAGAGGACUCCGAUUUAGCCGCUAAUAACCCGGUGCUAAAGUCCAUCUCAUCUUCAGAGCAUGAUGAGGAACGGGAUGAACUGGGCUCUCUGGGACUGGACAAGAAUUACCGUCACAUUUCAGAACUGGUGAUCAGCAAACUUCCAGGAUAUACACUGUGAUUAGAUGAUGUUAAUUUAAUAACCGUGAAAAUUAGUUUACACCAGAAACCAUCAAACAUCUGAUUUAUUAGUCAAUAUGAAUAUGUUUUUAUAUACUAAACUGUUGCAUAGAACUGCAUUCAUUAGCAAGCAGUCAUUCGUGUAUUCAUUCUGUUUUAACAAAUGCAGCUUUUGAUAUGUUGGCAUGUAUUUACGAGA